CACGCGGAAAUAUUCGUCAGUGAAAUCCAUAGUUGGAGGUAGGCGCCUUUGCCUUGUGUUCUCUCUGGUAAUUUUUCCAUCUUGCAAUAGGUAGCUAAAAGAAUUUAACGGUAAGAGUUCCUGAUAGAACACUUUUAUUGUGAGCGGCAUGUGAACAUUAUGGCGGAAUCAAUGACUACAGAGAUCGAGGGCGAAAGAAUAUGUCGAACUUCAUCCGUGUCUCCAUGCACAACCAAAUUAAAGGGACAAAAAGUAGGUAUUUAUUUUUUUCUUUCGAGUGGAUUUUCGAUAUUAUAAGAAUUAGUAAAGGUGUUUGUGUCAAAUUCUCGAGAUUGUAUCAGAAUUAUGCCUUGAUAUUGUGCUUACGACCCACUACAUGUUCGGUUUGUCGCACACUUUACGCGUAACCACGGCGCUCGAGUAGUUUCCUAUACAUGUACCGCAAACGGUGGACACUUCAUUAAAUUAUUGGCACCAAACUGAAUGAAGCUUUUGUGUGUUCUACAUAAGACAGGUAAAUUGUUUCUUUAAUAUAUUCUUUAAUAUUUGUAGACGUAUCGAAAUAUUUCAACAUCAACAUCUUGUCAAAACAUGUUCAAUGUAAUAUCCUCGGAUACUGAGCUUAUGAUUUAUUUUAUUUAAAUGUUGGUGAUCCUUCUGUAAUUAGUCCUUCUAUCCUUUGAAACAAUUCGUACUUUCGAAUUAAAACAUUCCCCAUUGAAAAAGAAAAUUUAGAGCAAAAUGUUCUGUUUUUGUUGUCCCUCAGAUGGAAUAUUCUCAUAGACUUGCUGAAAAAAGACGAAGGGACCGAAUGAAUAUCAGUAUUUCAGAAAUUGCGCAGUUGUUGCCAUCCUCGUCCGUCUCAAAACAGGUAUUUUAACUUUUUUAGUUGCCAUUUUAAACUGUAUUUAUUCAUUCUUGUUUAUUUAUACUAAUAUGCAUGUACCGCUAAGUUUAUGGUGCUAAUCAGCUAUCCAUGUAUCAAAAUAUUUUUAAUUCAGUCGUCUUAGCUUUAGUUUUAAAUAUCAUUAUUUGUGAAGUAGCCAUCAGUGGCGAUCUAUGUGAACCAGGUAACUUGCGAACGACUUCUGAUCAUACUACUACAGUAAGCUGUUUAUCGUACUCUGGUGCUGAUCCUAAGGGACAGGUCAACGGGUUACACUCGAAUUGAUACAUCAGGACAGUCACUGCUGCGCUUUAAUCACCAUUUUGAUAUUGUACAUUUCCUAAGUGGAUUUAGUCUGAAAUUUUUAACCCUGUAAUAGGUUGGAACUACAUUGGACUAUGGUCUUUCAAUACUCCAAUAUUAGAUGGUCAGGCCAUUCUCUUGAUUUUUAAGCAUGAUACCAGUAAAGUAUGACACUAGCACCAUCAUAAAGGCCAUGCCAAAGUAAUUUUUCAUGAAUGCAUCUUAAAGUUAUUGAAAUACAUCGAUGAUGUGUAAACAACACACAGCUUUGAUUCUUGUGUGAUUUUUAUUCCUUAUGCACAUUACUUUCAAGCUGGAGAAAGCUGAAAUUCUGGAAAAGACCAUAAGUUACAUAAAAACACUUCAAGGCCUUACUGAAGAUGUAAAGGCAGACUGUGAGACUGAGAGUUUAGAGGCAAAAGGUGAGUCUGUUAACUUUUGCAGCCAUAAAUGGUCAGUACAAGACAAAAACUUUGAAUUCUGAAGAUGAUUCUCCUGAUUAGCUCCAUGAUGCAUUUAUACUUAGACACUCUUGGGUCCAUCUAAAUGUUUUUUAUAUAAAUGAUAUCUUGUUGGGUAGGAGAAAUAAUGGCAAAUGUAAAUGGUUUUUCUCUAAAUAUAGCAUUAUAUUUGUUUUUUUUGAUGAAAAGAAAUACUUGUCAACUUUGUUCAAGUAUGAUACCAAUGAUAUUAACAGCUCUAAACCUAUCAAUUGGUAUAUAAAUAUUUCUUUUAGAAAACCAAAAUGCCACUGAACCACAAGAGAGCCAACCAUCUACCGCACAGGUAGACAUAAAUUCCAAGUACUUCAAUGGUUUCAGCGAUUGUGUCAAGGAGGUGUUUCAUUGUCUUACCAAUGUGGAAGCUAUGGACAUUGAGCAGCCUUGUUUUCAAAGACUUAUGCGCCACUUGCAGAUUGAGCUGCAGGUUUUGUGUAAGCAAGUAGACUUGGUUGGCUCUGAUGAUAACCAUAAAGACAAGUAUUCAAAGGCAGUUCUUGAUUUGUGGCAGUGCAAAAGAACCCAUGAGAACAGUGAAAAUCCUAGCAGCCAAGACAAAUCCUCCAGUGGAGAGCCUGCUUCUAAACGGACACAUCGAGAUUCAGAUAAGAAUUCAUGUAGUGAUGGCCGUGGAAGCAGGUUUUCAUUAGGCACAGUGAGUAGCAGCUCAAACAAAGAGAAAAGGAAAGUUACCAUGGAUGCAAACUGUACUUGGGAUGAAAAUGGAAGCAAUUCAGCAAACUCCAGAGGCAACAGCAGUGUUUCAUCGAAAGAAAAAGAAUCAAUCCCAAACAAUUUCAAAAGUGAAAGUGGGAACAAUUAUGACAAGGCAAACUGUGAUGCUGGUGGUUAUGUACCUUGUGGUGUAGGUUUGAACUGGAAAUGGCCAAGUCAUGGUCUUGAUGGCCUGAUUCAAGCCACUCCCAUUUCACCUAGGACCCCUUACAUACCAAACCCCUACACUCUACCUACCUAUGCUCUACAUCCAUCUGGCACCCACUUCAUCCCUGUAGUUCUUCAUGUGAGCAUUCCUUUGCCUCCAUUUCCUGAUACGAAUGGACGUUUGAACCCAGUACCAAAUGGAUAUCUUGGUGCAUUCAACCAAAUGAGAAUGGGGUAUCCUCAUUUCCCUUAUUUCCCUGGUUUUCCCUUUUCACCACAACUCUGUGGCAGCCUUACAGGCAUGACUGGUGGGCAGAAUCCCAAGGAUGAGUCAAGACAGAAGCAGCGUCAGUCUAAACCACAGGAUUCAGAUCCUUUAAACAUGAAUCAUGAACAUUUGUCAGUUAAUGCUUGUACAAAUCAAGAACUAUCAAACACUGUUGAGUAGACAGGUUUGUUAUUUGAUUUAACCCUUUAACUCCCGUGAGUGACCAAAACAGAAUUUCUCUGAUAGAAUUUCAGUACAAUAUUAACCAGAUAAGUGAUGAGAAUAAAGAAAAAUAUCAAUUUGGGGAUAAUUAGUUGAUCCAGUAAUAAAUUCUUUAUGCUAGCAUAAGUGUUGUAUUGUUGACAUUAAGAAGAAUUACAAAUUUGAUCUGGGAGUUAAAAGGUUAAUUGAGGAAUUUUGAAAUACAUGUACCUUUGCUCCACUGUAACAUAUUAAGCUGUGUAUUGAGGUGCAGUGAUAUGACUUUAAAUUCACUGAAGCUGAUUAUUUUCUAAUUGCAUCAGCAAAUUUUUCCUUUUCCAGUAGAACCGUUUAAUGGAAAACAAAGUCACAUCAUCCUUCCCUCAAGGAUUACAGAGCAAGGCAGGCUUGAACUAACAAUCUAGGGAAGUAGUUGAAGCAUAUACAAUUAUACAUUGCAAGUCAGUUUGGACCAGUUAGCUGUGAGUUUCAAAGCCUAGUUCAUCAUGUAUUGCCAGCAACUGGCUGGGUUACACUAUUAUAAACUCAAAGGAAGCAGUGGAGUUGUCAAUUCAAAAUUUAAUAAUGAGACCAAGAUUAAGAGGGCACUCAGAGACUUGAAUUAGUAAGCUGAAUGUUUUGUUACUCUCUUUCCAUGUCUUUUGUUAGGCAUCAUAAUAUAUUAUUAUGAAUAUAUAAUUAAAUACAUAAAUUUGAAUAUCCUCCUGAGUUUUACAUGGUAGUAACUAGGAUUCAGUGUAUUCUAGGGUAUGAAUUGUAUAAAUUGUAACUUAAUGGUUUGUUUGCUAAAUAUUGCAUGUAGACAGUGUCUAAUGGAAGGUACUACAGAGCUAAGAGGACACUUUGUCAUUGUUUUGUCUGUGUUAUGAUGCAGAGACACAUUUUAUACACUCAGAUGCAGGUCAUAAACAUGUAUAUACACUAUUAAUGUGUGCAUAGACUUAUGUAUCUUUAUCAUUCAGUGCUACACUAAUUUGAUCUUAAUGAGAGCUAUUGAUUUGAAAAAUCAAAAUGUAAUUAUGUGACCUUAUAGACAUGUAGAGAUUGAAAUUGGGCAGCUAAAGGUUCCACCAAGUCCUUUUCAUGUCUCUUGGUAGAAGGGUGAAGAAUAAAUUAUGUAAGGUUGUAAAUAGUACUCACAUGUAGUGUUUGUCAAGAUAUGUAUUGACCAAACAGCUGCCUGCUUCUUCUUAUUAAACUCCUCCUUAUUAUUAUGUGA